AUGUCUGCGAUCAAAGAUUUCUCUGGUGGCCGUUUCACAACGACCCGUCAUUCUACAACAUACGACUAUAUUUCUCCCUUAAGGCUGGACCUUGCCGGAAAACAUGUUCUGAUCACGGGUGCUGCUUGGGAGGACGGAGUAGGGUAUGCCACGGCCACAGCUUUUGCGCGUGCGGGGGCCGCUGCGAUAGCGAUAGCAGACCUCCACGGCGUAUCGGCCGACCUUGCUGAGAAGUUGAAGUUGGUGGCAACGCUAGCCGGUCGCCCCGAACCUGUGGUGCUAAGCUGCACUGUUGAUAUUGCAAGCCAAGAAAGUGUUCAAGCAAUGCAUGACAUCGUGGCGCGAGUCUUUGAUGGCCGCCUAGACAUUGUCAUUAACAACGCGGCCCAUAUGGAACCCUACAAGCCAAUCCUCGACUCAGAUCCGGAUGUGUAUUGGAGGACAUGGGAAGUCAAUGUUCAUGGACUCUUCAACAUGUCACGCAUAUUCCUCCCUAUGCAACUGUCGACUUGUGCCAAUGCUGAUGGUUUAUGCAUAAUGAUCAAUGUAUCUUCCUCAGGAGCUCUGACCGCCCGCCCAGGAGGCGGAAGUUAUCGAAGCUCAAAGCUUGCGAUAUUGAGAUGGACAGAAUCUUUACAGUUAGAGUACGGCGAUAAAGGGCUUUUGGCUUUUUGUGUGAAUCCCGGUGCGAUUAAAACAAAGAUUUCUGAGGACAUGCCGGAGCAGGUCAGAGACUUAUUCCCUGAUCGGCCAGAGAUUGCAGGUGAUACGAUUGCGUGGUUAGCAGCUGAGCGCCGAGAGUGGCUGGGCGGGAGAUACGUGAGCUGCCCAUGGGACAUGAAGGAGCUUGUGGAGAUGAAAGACGAGAUCGUUAAACUGGACAAGCUCAAACUUAAGAUGUUGUUCUGA